AUGCGGUUUUUUAAACUAUUUCAACUUCAGCUAAGUUCUAAGAACGGCCAUCUAAUGAUUUGGACGUCUGCGUUGUGGUUUAUGAUUGCUGUUUUGGCGUAUUCAAAGUCUGUCAGUGAAAUUGAUUCGGAUGACUGGCCAUAUGUUAUUAAAGAUCACGUGGGUAUUAAACUUCAGUCACCAGUGGAUAUAAAUACAAAAUACGCAAACAGGCGAUAUUUGCCAUUUUUACGGUAUUUUGGUUAUUGGGCAUUUAACAGGGCAAUAGUGGAAAUUACUAAUACUGGACACACAGUUGGUGUUAAACUUGCCAAUAAUUCCGAUGAUGUGCCAUUUAUCACCGGGGGGCCAUUAUUCGACUGUAGAUAUGAGUUCGAACAGAUGCAUUUCCAUUGGGGAAAAAAUGAUAUGGGAAGUGAACACAAAGUCAACGGACACAAAUAUGCUAUGGAAGUUCAUAUUGUACAUUAUAAAAAAGAGUACGGAAGUUUCAAAAACGCUCAAAGUUACAGUGAUGGCGUUUGUGUCGUCGGAUUUUUUGGAGAAAUAUCGUCAAAAGACAAUCGAGAUAUGGAUAAUUUUAUUGCAGAUUUAAAAUACAUAGUCAAACAAAAAUCGACGAUAGUUAGAAAUUUUAAAGAAGAGUUCUCUUGGAUAAAGAAAACAGCUUUAAAACAACAUUACUACACUUACCACGGAUCUCUAACAACGAAACCGUUCACAGAAUGUGUAAUCUGGAUAAUUUUUACCAAACCCAUUCAUAUAUCUAGGAGACAGUUAAUGAAAUUCAGAGAGUUACAUUCAAGUCAUAACGGAGUUUUAAUAAACGAAAACGAUAGACCUCUUCAACCGUUUAAUAAUAGAACAAUUGUUUAUGGAUACUAA